AUGCAAGCACCACAGCCCACCACAUCCACCCCCGACUUCUCCUGGCCGCACUCCAAACCCUUCUGGAUAAUCCUCAUCACCGCCUCUUGCAUCCUUCUUCUCCGAAUCCUCUACAAGCUCUAUCAGAACCUGGAGUACAGACGGCGACUUCGCGGUCUACAGAACAUUGGACUAGAGGGGCGAGUGCAGACAGAACAAGGCACGGAUAUGCAAGCGGGAGGGGAAUAUAGUGUGCAAAGGCCGGCUAGAGCAGUAACGGUAAUGAGGAGGAUGAGUGGGGGGAGCGAGGUUUCUGUUUUACCGCUGUAUGAGCGGUUUGAGGAGGGAGGGAUAUGUGGGGGGGAUGUUAGGGUUGAGAAGAGGGGGAAGUAUGUGUAUGUUGUUGGAGAGGGGGGUAAGGGGUUUGAUGCGAGGGGGGUGGAGAUGAGGUAA